UCCACAACCAGUUGCACAAUUUGAAAUAUAAAAAACACAGUUUGAAAUCAUUCAGUUUAAAAACGCUCAAAGAAAUAUUCAAAGCUACAAAUACAAUACAAUACAAUGCAAUGCCCACUACAACAACAGUUUGCAUGCAUCCCUCUGGUCCAAAAGAAAAGCAAAAGCAAGGAGAAGAGAGAUAAAGAACAAGGAAGCAGAGUGAGAGAGAGAAGAAAAGAACACAAAUACAAACAGAUGAACUGAGCCCAAUGCACUGUAGGAUAGUACUAGACACCCUUCCGCCACAAGGCAUAUAUAGCUCAAAAGACAAAGCAGUUCUUGAGAACAUAUUCCUUAACCUCUUCCCAUCUUCAGUGUGAAGCUUCAUCUUCUCACCUCCAUGAUUUUCCUCUGAAGCUUCUCAAGAUUCUUUCAUGCCUUUACCCUUGUCUAUCUAUACAUCCAUCUCGAUCUCACCCAGAGGCAGAUAAGAUAGCUCCAAAUCUCCAGUGCCAUUGCCAAUGGCGGCAGCAGCAGCGGUGGUGGUGGUGGUGGUUGUGGUGUACAUUUGAUUAGCUUAUCACCUCGGCUCAUCCAUCACCAAUGGCGUCGUUAAGGAUGAGGUCGUGUCGUCCUGCUCGUCCCGUGUCGCUUGUCCUGUUCUUGCUCGUCGUGUUGCUGCAUUGCGCGUUCUUGCCCACCAAUGGCGACGAUGGCGGCGGCGGUGGCGGGGACGACGCGCUGCAUGGCGACGCGCUGGCGUUGGUGAGGCUCAAGGCGACGCUGCGGUGCCACCCUCACGCGCUGCGUGACUGGUCGGUCGGCAAUGUCGCCGCCGUGUGCGCGUGGAACGGGGUGCGGUGCGCCGGCGGCCGGGUGGUGGCGGUUGACAUUGCCAACAUGAAUGUAUCCACCGGCGUGCCGGUGGCGGUGGCGGUGGCGGGGCUUGACGCGCUGGCCAACCUCUCGCUCGCCGGGAACGGCAUCGUGGGCGCAGUGACCGCGUCGGCGAUGCCGGCGCUCCGGUUCGUCAAUGUCUCCGGCAACCAGCUCGGCGGCGGCCUUGACGACUGGGACUUCGCGUCGCUGCCCAGCCUCGAGGUGUUCGACGCCUACGACAACAAUUUCUCCUCCCCGCUCCCGGCCGGCGUCGUGGCGCUGCGGCGGCUCCGGUACCUCGACCUCGGCGGCAACUUCUUCACCGGCGAGAUACCCGCGGCGUACGGCGGGAUGGCGGCGCUGGAGUACCUGUCCCUCAACGGCAACAACCUGCAGGGCGCCAUCCCGCCGGAGCUCGGCAACCUGACCAGCCUCAGGGAGCUCUACCUCGGGUACUACAACGUGUUCGACGGCGGCAUCCCGCCGGAGUUCGGCCGCCUCCGCAACCUCACCAUGCUGGACAUCUCCAACUGCGGCCUCGGCGGCCGCAUUCCGCCAGAGCUCGGCGCGCUCGCCGCCCUCGACACGCUGUUCCUCCACACCAACCAGCUGUCCGGCUACAUCCCGCCGGAGCUCGGCAACCUCACGGCGCUCACCGCGCUCGACCUGUCCAACAACGCGCUCACCGGCGAGGUCCCCGGCUCGCUCGCCGCGCUCACCUCGCUCCGGUUGCUCAACCUCUUCCUCAACCGCCUCCACGGCCCCGUCCCCGACUUCGUCGCCGCGCUGCCGCGGCUGGAGACGGUGCAGCUCUUCAUGAACAACUUCACCGGCCGCGUCCCCGCGGGCCUCGGCGCCAACGCGGCGCUCCGGCUGGUCGACCUGUCGUCGAACAGGCUGACCGGCAUGGUGCCGGAGAUGCUGUGCGCGUCAGGCGAGCUCCACACCGCCAUCCUCAUGAACAACUUCCUCUUCGGCCCCAUCCCCGGCGCGCUCGGCUCGUGCUCGAGCCUCACCCGCGUCCGGCUCGGCCAGAACUACCUCAACGGCAGCGUCCCCGCCGGCUUGCUUUACCUGCCGCGGCUCAACCUGCUCGAGCUCCAGAACAACCUGCUCUCCGGCCAGGUCCCGGCGAACCCGAGCCCGGCCACGGCGGCCGGCUCGCAGCUGGCUCAGCUCAACCUGUCCAGCAACCAGCUGUCCGGGCCGCUUCCGAGCUCGCUGGCCAACCUCACCGCGCUGCAGACGCUGCUGGUCAGCAACAACCGGCUCGCCGGCGACGUGCCGCCUGAGAUCGGGGAGCUCCGGCGGCUAGUGAAGCUCGAUCUGAGCGGGAACACUCUGUCCGGCAAGAUACCGGAGGCCAUCGGCCGGUGCGGCGAGCUCACCUACCUCGACCUCAGCAAGAACAACCUGUCCGGCGCGAUCCCCGAGGCGAUCGCCGGGAUACGCGUGCUGAAUUACCUCAACCUGUCGAGGAACCAGCUCGAGGAGGCGAUCCCGGCGGCGAUCGGCGGGAUGAGCAGCCUGACGGCGGCCGACUUCUCGUACAACGACCUGUCAGGGCAGCUACCCGACACGGGCCAGCUCGGCUACCUCAACGCGACGGCGUUCGCCGGCAACCCGAGGCUGUGCGGGCCAUUGCUUAGCCGGCCGUGCGGCUACGGCGGCGCCGCCGCGGCAGGCGGGUCGCCGGUGGUGACGCGGCAGCGGGCGACAGCAGGGGACUUCAAGCUGGUGCUCGCGCUGGGGCUGCUGGUCUGCUCGGUGGUGUUCGCCGCGGCGGCCGUGCUCCGCGCGCGUUCCUGUCGCGGCGGCGGCGGUGGUCCCGACGGCGGCAGCGGCGCGUGGCGGUUCACGGCGUUCCACAAGGUCGACUUCGGCAUCGACGAGGUGAUCGAGUGCAUGAAGGACGGGAACGUGGUGGGUCGCGGCGGCGCCGGCGUGGUGUACGUGGGCCGCACCCGGUCCGGCGGCUCGAUCGCCGUGAAGCGCCUGAACACCUCCUCCACCGGCGGCGACGCCGCGCGGCACGACCACGGGUUCCGGGCGGAGAUCCGCACCCUGGGCAGCAUCCGCCACCGGAACAUCGUCCGCCUCCUGGCCUUCUGCAGCCGCCGCGACGACGCGCCGGCGAGCGGCAGCAGCAGCAACGUGCUGGUCUACGAGUACAUGGCGAACGGCAGCCUCGGCGAGGUGCUCCACGGCAAGGGCGGCGGGUUCCUGUCGUGGGAGCGGCGGUACCGGAUCGCCGUGGAGGCGGCGCGCGGGCUCUGCUACCUCCACCACGACUGCUCCCCGAUGAUCGUCCACCGCGACGUCAAGUCCAACAACAUCCUCCUCGGCGACAACUUCGAGGCCCACGUCGCCGACUUCGGCCUCGCCAAGUUCCUCCGCUCCUCCUCCUCCUCCGGCGCCGCCGCCGCUGCCUCCGACGAGUGCAUGUCCGCCGUCGCCGGCUCGUACGGCUACAUCGCCCCAGAGUAUGCGUAUACCCUAAGGGUGGAUGAGAAGAGCGACGUGUACAGCUUCGGCGUGGUGCUCCUGGAGCUCAUCACCGGGCGGCGGCCGGUGGGGGGCUUCGGGGAAGGGGUGGACAUCGUGCAGUGGGCGAAGAGGGUAACCGACGGCGGGCGGAGGGAGAGCGUGCACCGGGUCGUGGACCGCCGGAUCAGCACCGUGCCCAUGGACGAGGUGGCGCACCUCUUCUUCGUGUCGAUGCUGUGCGUCCACGAGAACAGCGUGGAGCGGCCGACGAUGCGGGAGGUGGUGCAGAUGCUAUCGGAGUUCCCCCGCGGCCAGCCAUCGCCGCCGUCGUCAUCGUCGGCGCCGGAGACGACGACGGGGGAGGAGGAGAGCAGUCUGGAGAAGGAGCCAAACUGCUACAAACUGUUCCCGGACUUGCUCAACUAAUUGAGUGCAAAACACAAUUAAGUUGCCAUUGUUACAAGACUUGGCAAUGAUAAGUGUGGAGGUGAUCAGACAGGAGCUGGGGGAAGAAGAUGAAAUAACAUGUAACCUUUUAUUUUGUUUCAUCUCCUCUUUCUUUCUUUUUCUUGUUUCUAAUUCUUUUGCCAUCAAAGGUGUAUAGGGUUUGAUCAUAUGCUACCCUUCUAGGGGAUUGUGCUGUCCAAUGUAAUAGUCACUUCCAUCAUAGCUUUAGCCCUUUGUAAUCUCCUGGUAAUCUUGAGCCACCAUCCAUUGUCAUCUCCUUUUUUACACCAGUUCUUCUUUAUAUGCUCAUUAUGUGUACUACCACUGGUUCCAUAUAUACUAUAGUUUCAUGGCUUUUUGUAUU